AUGGAGUUAGAAAGAGAAAGAAAACGACCCCCAAAACUACGAGAAGGCCAGAAGUUGAAGAAAAAGAAUGACGAGCUCACAUCAAACUUGCAUAAACUUCAAGCAAGUAUCCAGAAGAAAGAGAAUCCCCUUGAAAAGAUUCAAGGAGGAUUUUCCAAACAACGAGCCAAAGCCAAACAUUUAAAACAAAACGGGAAAAGUUUGAUGGUCAGAACUCAAGAGGUCCUAACAGACAGAGAAAAACAGUGCGUCUCUGAGAAUACAACGUUGAGUUUGAAUGACGUCAAAGAAUUGCAGAAAAUUAUUCGCCAGUCAUCGAAGGAACGACUACAAUUAGAGCGCCAUCUGUCGAGAGCUACUGAG